GCUCAGCGCUGGCGCAACGAGAACUACGAGAGGCCUGUGGACCUGGAGGGCUCCGGGGACGAUGACCCCUUUGGGGAUGAUGAACUGGACGAUGUCUACUCGGGCUCUGGCUCGGGGUAUUUUGAGCAGGAGUCGGGGCUCGAGACAGCAGUGAGCCUCACCAUGGACACUUCCGUCACGCUCCCCACCACGGCGGCUGUGCUGCCCAUCACCCCGGUGCAGCCUGUGGCAACCCCCUUUGAACCAUUCCCUGCUGAGGACACCACCCCUGAGCAGACAACCAGCAUCUUGUAUAUCCCCAGGAUGACAGAGACACCAGUGAUCCCCAGUUGGAAAGCAACCACCACUAGUACCACUGCCAGCGACUCCCCUACCACCCCGACCACCACCAUGACCACCACCACGGCUACCACCACCACCACCGCGGCCACGACCACCACCAGCACCACGAUGGCCACUGCCAAGCCCACCACAGUCCGGAGGUUCCUGCCCCCCUUUGUCACCAAGGCAGCCACCACCUGGGCCACCACCCUGGAGACACCCACCACCUCCAUCCUUGAAACCAGCACACCAACAGAGGUGGUCACGUCACAGCUUGUCCCCACUGGCACAGCCAAGCCCAGGUCUCUGCCAAAACCAAGCACCUCCAGGACUGCAGACCUCACAGAAAAAAGCACUGCCUUGCCAUCCAGUCCUGCCACGCUGCCGCCCACAGAAGCCCCCCAGAUGGAACCAGCGGAGAUGACGACAGUCCUCGACAACGAGCUGGAGGUCCCGGUCAGCAGCGGCCCCAGCGGGGACUUUGAGAUCCGGGAGGAGGAAGAGACGACCCGUCCUGAGCUCGGUAACGAGGUGAUGGCCGUGGUGACACCACCGUCAGGACCCGGGCUGGGCAAGAACGCGGAGCCGGGACUGAUCGACAACACGAUAGACUCUGGCAACUCGGCUGCUCAGCUCCCCCAGAAAAACAUCCUGGAGAGGAAAGAAGUGUUGAUAGCGGUGAUCGUGGGCGGCGUGGUGGGAGCCCUCUUUGCUGCCUUCCUGGUCAUGCUGCUCAUCUACCGGAUGAAGAAGAAGGACGAGGGCAGUUACACGCUGGAGGAGCCCAAGCAAGCCAACGUGACGUACCAGAAGCCCGACAAGCAGGAGGAGUUUUAUGCGUAGAAGGAGAGCCCGGCGUGCCUCGUGCUCCCUCCCUCCCCGCUCAAAACUCUUCCUCGUCCUCUACUUCAUCCAGUCUC